CGUAGGUUGCUUCUGCGCAUGUGCUGGCUUUUCAAAUCACUCGCGUGUAAUUUUCUUUCCAAACUUCAUCCUCCGGUCUUAAUAAACUGUUAAAUAAUGUCCGUUCAGGCAUCAAACCCAAAUAACCCCGUUGUCUUCUUCGACAUUACCAUUGGAGGACAGGAUGUUGGACGGAUGAAGGUCGAGCUGUUUGCUGACGUGGUUCCAAAGACGGCCGAGAAUUUCCGGCAGUUCUGCACAGGAGAAUUCAGGAAGGAUGGUGUUCCUAUUGGUUACAAAGGCUGCACAUUCCACAGGGUGAUCAAGGACUUCAUGAUACAAGGAGGAGACUUUGUAAAUGGCGAUGGGACCGGUAUCUGCAGCAUCUACAGAGGUCCAUUUGCAGAUGAAAACUUCAGACAGAAGCAUUCUGCCCCUGGUCUUCUUUCAAUGGCAAACAGUGGUCCAGGGACAAAUGGCUGUCAGUUUUUCAUUACCUGUACUAAAUGUGAUUGGUUAGAUGGAAAGCAUGUUGUUUUUGGAAAAGUGGUCGAUGGGUUGCUGAUCAUGAGGAAAAUUGAGAAUGUCCCCACAGGACCCAACAACAAGCCAAAACUCCCCAUUCUCAUCGCUCAGUGUGGAGAGAUGUGAUCCCGACAACUUGGUGUGCCAUAUAAGGAAAACCGAACCUUUUUAAAACAUUAAGUGGUCUCCAGAUUAUUACUUGAUAGUCAUCUGCUAACAUCAAUUCUUUUUUUUUUUCUGUGGGAAUGCUUUUUCCCUGCAGCUGAUUCAAGGACUUCUUUGCUGCACAUCAUGGAGACUGGUUCUGAUUUACAUCAUAUUCUGUUUGUGUUUUAACAUUUGAUUUUAGAAUAAAUUCUAUGAACAUUCAUGUUGAACAUUUUUGUUUGAGGUCUUCUUUUAUACAAGUUGAGAUAUUCCGGGUUGAGUAAAGAAUUUGUUGGCAGUAACACUGUUUUAUGAAAUAUGACCAAUAAAUUGUUGUACAUUUGUA